AGAAGAAAAAAAUUCUUUUUCAUCAGGACAAUGCACCGCGGUGCACCGUGUUACAAGAGUAUUUUGACAAUAGCUAAAACCCAUGAAUUAAAAAUGCGAAUUGUUAGAGCAUCCACCGUAUUCACCAGAUUUGGCCCCAGCGACUUCCAUUUGUUUCCAGAACUCAAAAAAUUUAUGCGUUGCAAGCAUUUUUCAACCAAAGGAAGAGGUCGUAACGGCUGUUGAAGCGUAUUUUGCAGAUCUUCCGGAUUCUCACUUCAGGGAUAGGAUCCACAGAUUGGAUGAUCGUUGGAGUAAGUGUAUUACAGUUCAGGGAGAUUAUACUGAAUAAUAAAGUGUAUUCUGAAUCAUAAAAUUCUGUUGUUCUUGUCAAACGACAAAACUUAUUGAACAACCUGGUAAUUAUUAUUGUUAUGAGUUGUCUUUUUGUAUUGCGUGUUGCGUUCUCCUCAAUUAAUAAUUCUAAUGAGAUGCUGUGACCUUUAGACAGCAUUGGCUGAAAACACCAUUGAAGCUCACCGUUCUUAGAUCAUAAUUAUAGAACUUGUCUACGCCUUCUCCAUUCAUCGCCAGUCAGUUAUACGCAUAAUUAUCAAUAAAAUGUUAACAAUAUUAGUACUAAAUGCAUUAAUUUGCAUUGAAACAAGCAUGAGAAACGCACUUACUCUAACCACUAUUAUAAAAAUAUGGUUCUUAUGAUCAGCUCAGUCAGUACUUAAUACUGUGCCAAGUUGAACAAAUCAAUUCCUGAGACAAGCGCUACGAAAGCAAUUUACAACAAGGACCAAUAUAAUCCUCGAUUCACUUCUUAUAAAAUAUAGAUUUUAUAUUAAAGGGUAAAGCUAAAAAGAUGUUAUAUUUGAAGGAAGUGAUGAGCACACACUACCUUUUCAGAGUCACAAUGUCAAAUCUACUGGGUAAUCAAUGCGCUGCACAAAGCGUCGGCACUUUCAACAACUUGGUGACCACGCUAAUCCAGACUCUGUUGGUCGCACAGUGUGAAAUCUCAUCGCUGUGGCCAAAAGACUACGCAGUUCAUGCAUUGGAACAUGGUUUGGACACGUAUGAUUUUGUGGUGGUAGGUGCCGGCUCAGCGGGUUCAGUGAUGGCCAGUCGUCUGAGCGAGAAUCCAAACUGGAAAGUUUUGGUGUUGGAGGCAGGUGGUGAUCCGCCACAAGAGUCAGAGGUGCCAAACCUUUCCUUAGCCUUGCAGCAUACAAAUUAUACUUGGAAUUAUUUGACUGAGUAUAGCGACAAUGCCUGCUGGGGAUUUGUUGAUCGGCGUUGCUAUUUGCCACGCGGUAAAAUGAUUGGCGGCACAGGUGCUAUUAAUAACAUGCUUUAUGUGCGUGGAAACCGUCGUGAUUACGACCGUUGGGCUAAAGCUGGCAAUGAAGGCUGGGGUUGGGACGAUGUGUUACCGUAUUUUGAACGUUCCGUACGCAAAGUGGGUAGUGACAAACAUCCCCAGGGUUAUGUAACAGUCAACACUUUUCCAGUCACCGAUCCGGAGUUAGAACAAAUGAUCUAUGCAGGUAGUGCAGAGUUGGGCAUACCCCGUGUUCACGUAUUCACCGAAGGCAGUGAGACCGGGUAUUCCAACAUACCGGGCAAUACUCGGAAUGGACGGCGCACGAGCACCGGAAAGGGACAUCUCGCUCAAGUCGCAAACCGACCCAACUUGCAAGUGAUUAAAAAUGCGCGAGUGACGAAGCUAAAUUUCGAUAAGACCGGCAAAAAUGUACACUCAGUGAGCUUCGUACUGCAAGAUAAAUACAAACUGAAAGUUGACGUUAGCAAGGAGUUGGUGUUGUCGGCGGGUGCAAUAGAUUCACCAAAGCUGUUGAUGUUGUCUGGUGUUGGACCAGCAAAACAUUUGGCUGACUUGAAUAUACCGCUUAUACAUGAUUUGCCCAUUGGUGAUAAUCUGCAAGAUCAUGUUCAUAUUUUGACUUUCUUCAAAUUAAAUGAGAACAAAUCGAGUGCGUGGACAAAGGAAGAUUCCCUAAAUAGCACUUUUAACUAUCUCAUUUAUCGGAAAGGUCCGUUAAGCGCUCAGGGCAGCGCUUCGCUAACAGGUUUCGUAAAUACGCUGAAAAAUAGUCCCUAUCCAGAUAUAUCAGUCCACCACUAUUUUUAUAGACGUGGAAAUUUUGCUGAACUACAGCUUUUGCUAAAUGGUCCUGAUUUUAACGACGUUUUCAAAAACACACUUCUCAAGGCAUUAGAAACUGCUGACAUUUUGAUUGUGCUCAAUAUACUCUCCCAUCCAAAGUCUAAGGGACAGAUACGUCUGCGCAGCACCGAUUACAAGGAUACGCCUAAACUGAUACCAAACUAUUUCAGCGAACCUGAAGACAUGAAUACCUUACUGCGUGCUAUGCGUUUCCAAGAGCAACUGUUGAAGACUUCAGCCUAUAGGGCAAUGAAUGCCACUUUACUACUUCCGCCCAUUGAUGAAUGUGAUACCCACGAACCUCAAAGCGAUGAAUACUGGCGUUGCUAUAUGAAGUAUUUCUCCUCUACUACUUAUCACGUAUCUGGUACGGUAAAAAUGGCACCCGAAACGGAUGAGACGAGUUGUGUGAAUUCACGUUUGCUUUUGGACGGUUGUGGUAAUGUGCGUGUAACCGAUGCCAGCAUCAUACCACAAAUUCCCAGCGCCAACAUAAAUGCCGCUACAAUAAUGAUAGCUGAAAAGGCAGUUGAUUUCAUUCGAGAAGAUUGGUUGGAAGAGGACUCAGUAGAGGAGCAUUUCUGGUACUAGUAAAGUUCAGUAAAGCUUUGUUUUACAUUUUUGAUUGUCCGUAUGUGAUAUAGGAAAAUUCAACCAAAGAGGAUAAAAUUAAUAUAAUGGGUAUAUGAGGAAAAAGCCAAGCCAAAUGUGUAAUCAUUAUAUCUAAAUUUUAGAUCAAAGCCUGAACCGAUUUUACU